CUGAUUUUUUACGCUGCCAUUUUGUCCGGCGGAGACUGAAGCAGCCGUUCACAGGCUUUCCUGCCGCGUCUCAGAACAACCCCACGUCGAGACGCUCCACGUUGCGGGACAGCGAUAGUCAAUAACGUGGACAGCGCGAAAAGAAAGCCAAGGCGAGCUACGAAGGACCAGCGGUUGUCAUUUUUUAUAACUUAACCUCUCGGCCGGUUCAACUCUUUUUUUCCAAGCUAAUGUCGGUAGCCUCUUUUUUUCGGCUAACACCCUCCGCCCCUCGCGCCCACUCCCCCCGACUGAGACAUCACCUGUCACCGCGUGCCCCCCUUUCCCCCCCCCCCCCCCCCUCCGUGUGAUUUUUACAAGUUCUAGCAAUGCCCUUGUCGGUUCUGUUGGACAUCUUUUGCCCGAAGAAGAAGUUGACUUGCACUUUUAGAAGCUAACGAGCUAACAAGUUGACGUGGAAGAAGGAGGAACUAAAAAAAGAUCUGCAGAGGGCGACUGUUUUUUUUUUUUUUCUUUUCUUUUUUUUGGAGGUGAUUUCACACGGAUUGUUCACGUCCCCCCCCCCCAACCCCCCCCUAAGGUGUCCAGCGUGAAACCAUAACAUCGUCCGUGCGACAUAGCGGUCAGUAAGCUAUGUUUAUUUAUGCCCACAAAGUUAUUUCCACUGGUGGCAAAUCCCACAGCGGGACUCUCUUUUGGCUGGAGGAUCGCAGCGGAAACAUGAGCUAACACAGACUAGCUUAGAAUAGUGUCGUAGGUUUAGAGAAAGCAGAACAUCACCAACACCACCCUUUCCAAAAAAAAAAAAAAAAAAAAAAGCCUUUACCGUUGACUUAACAGCGAAGUCACGUUCAAGUAUCCCCCCCGCCGCCGGGAGUCGACCCACUGAUAGGAUCGUUGUGCGCCUUUUUUCCUUUUUCUUUUUUUUUUUGGGUUUGAGCCGAACCAGUGCAGAAAAGCACAGAAGCAAAUCCGAGGAGACGUCAUGUCUGGCCAAUCGAUCACCGACCGGAUCGCUGCAGCUCAGCACAGCAUGACCGGAUCGGCGAUCAGUAAGGCGGUGUGCAAGGCCACCACGCACGAAGUGAGCGGACCCAAGAAGAAACAUCUUGACUAUUUGAUCCACUGCACCAAUGAGAUGAACGUCAACAUUCCCCAGUUGGCGGACACGCUGUUCGAGCGCACGGCCAACUCCAGCUGGGUGGUGGUCUUUAAGGCCCUUAUCACCACGCACCACAUCAUGAUGUAUGGCAACGAGCGUUUCAUCCAGUACCUGGCCUCCAGAAACACCUUGUUUAACCUCACCAACUUCCUGGAUAAGGGAGCCCUGCAAGGUAAGUUUCCGCUCGCCUCAUGGCUAAUGAACGAAAAUCAUUCAAGCAGCCCACUUCGUAUGUUUUCCUCGCUUGCUUCCCUCCCAGGUUACGACAUGUCGACCUUCAUUCGAAGAUACAGCCGUUACCUGAACGAGAAGGCCAUGUCCUACAGACUCGUGGCUGUGGACUUCACCAAGAUGAAGAGAGGGACCGACGGUGUGAUGCGGACCAUGAACACGGAAAAGCUGAUUAAGACGCUGCCUAUAAUUCAGAACCAACUGGACGCUCUGUUGGAUUUCCAGGCCAACCCAAACGAACUGACUAACGGCGUGAUCAACUCUGCCUUCAUGCUGCUCUUUAAAGACUCCAUCAGGCUGUUUGCCGCUUACAACGAAGGGGUCAUCAACCUUUUGGAGAAAUACUUUGACAUGAAGAAGAACCAGUGUAAAGACGCUCUGGAUAUCUACAAGAAGUUUCUCUACCGGAUGACCAAGCUGUCGGAGUUCCUCAAAGUCGCUGAGGAAGUUGGAAUAGAUCAGGGUGACAUCCCCGAUCUCUCGCAGAAAACAAAAGGAUCAUGCAUUGCCCCUAGCAGCCUCCUGGAGGCCCUGGAGCAGCACCUGGCCUCCCUGGAGGGCAAGAAGACCAAGGAGCUGAAUGCAGACACCAGAGCGUCCACCCUGUCCAGCGCCGUCUCGUGUCUGGCCUCCACCGACAUGUCCUUCGCCCGUAUGGAUGAGAAGGAGAAGCAGCUGGCUCUGGAGGAGGAGCAGGCCAGACUACAAGCUCUUAAGGAUCAGCGUCUGAAAGAGAUCGGCUUGCAAACUCCGCCCUCUGCCUCCCCCAGCAGCCAAUCGAUAGGCAGCGCUCACAACAACAACCACCACAUCGCGCCGACGCCGGAGUUGUUUGGCUCCACGCUCUCGACCAACAGUGUGCCCAACCUGAACAGCGACUUGUUUGAUCUCCAGCCAGCCUUCAUCCCCGCCGUGCAGUGCGCGCCUUCCAUCUCCUCUGCCAACAGUGCCUGGGGAGGACUGGAGAGCAAGCCACACAACGCCCCCGCCGCCAUGACUGUAGAUUUCGAUGCCGUGUUCGGGAAUAAGGCGGCGCCCGCUAACGACGGAACACAGCCAGCAGCCGCAGGUUUUGACACCUUGGGAGAUCUGCUGAAGCCGACGGUUCCCGUACACGCGGCCCAUUCUCUCCCGCCUCAAGUGGUCUUCCAGUCUGGAGGAAAGCUGCUGGCCAAUGACCUGGACUCCUCCCUGGCUAACCUUGUAGGCAAUCUACAGUUUGGUGGAACUCCAUCGAAGAAGUCGGAGAUGCAGUGGAACCAGCAGGGGGAGAAGAAACUGACGGGAGGGCAAAACUGGCAGAACAAGACCAUGUCUACCACCCAGUGGAGCCCGGCCCCCAUGGUCCCGCCACCCAUGCCUGUGCCACACGUGGCUCCUGCUCCCGUGGCUUUCCCCAUGACGACACCGCAAGUGCCUGUGUAUGGAAUGGUCCCCCCCCAUAUGGGUCAGGUGGGCGGGGUACCCGUUAUGGCUCCUCAGCCGAUGAUGUACAACCAGCCUGUCCUCAGACCCACCAACCCCUUUGCAGCCAUGCCUGGCGCCCAGAUGCAGUUUAUGUGAUCACGUGACGGGCGGGGGAGGGGUGAGUCAUGUGCCAAAAGCGACAGACACAAAGAAGACAACACGCACACACACAAGAGGAACGAUUAUUUGAUUAAGCUAAAAGGACAAAGACUGAGACGCAACCGAUGCCCCCCCACCCCCAGAAACAAGUUGAUGAGGCUGCUGUUGUCUGAAGCGUUUGUGUGAGUGUGUGCGCGUGCAAGGGUAGCUGCAUUGCUGGAUGUUUGAAGCGGCGAGAGACGAGAGUGCCAGAUUGGCAAUGAUACGGAGAAUGCAUGUGACUGAAGUGAGGGUCUCUGCUGCCACAUUAGCUUUAUUUCAUACUGGUGCUACUUUGUCCCCUUUUGGCUACGUCUGCCUGCAACUGUGUGUGUGUGUGAGUGUGUGUGUGUGUGAGUUGAGCGUGCGCAGCUGCUUCAGACAAGCAUCGUCUUCUGAAACUGCUCCCUCAUGCCCAUUUGUGAUUGUGGUCUUUUUUUUUUUUCCUUCAUAUUCAAGCCACCCUCCCAGACACAAACCCCGAGUUGUGUUAUCAUGCUAGCAUGGCGGGCAAUCGAAUCCAUCUUCAUGCGUGCCUGAGCAAUUUUAAGAAAUUCCCUCAUUGACGAUUUAACAAGAUAGGAAUCAGUACGCAACUUUUGGAAGUUCUCUAAAAGCUCUUCUAGUCCGCUAAAUUGUCCGACAAGUGACAGCGCGCUAGUAGGACAUCAAAUAAAUGUUGAAAUGACCUGCUUGCGUAUUGCUCCCAGCUAGUUCCCUUUUGUCUCUUGACAUUUAUUUUACUCGCCCUGAGCAGUAGCAAGCUUUCUUUUCUAUUAUCUUCAUCCGUCAGAGGCGCCAUUCACUACAUCCAACCUUUCCGUGUGCAACAAUGAUGGUGGCUCCCCUUCAUUUAAUUGUGUUUUUUUUUUUUGGGUGCCGCUAGCCUCACUAUGCGUACCUUCGUAAUUGCUAAUAGAGGCGGUGUGUUUCUUUGUUGUGCUGUGCUCGUCCGUUUUGUUUCCAUCACAUAUUUUCAAUCACUUAAAUUGCACUGAUUCUGGUUGUCUUAAAGUGUCGGGCCCCCCCCCCCCCCCCCCCCCUCGUCCUCUGCUUUUUGAACAACACGUCGGGUAUGUUGUCUUGUGCCAAAAGGUCAUCCAAAGCAUUCCAUCGCUAUCAUUUGUCUGAUUUGUCGUUGGUCUUGUCAUCCUGUCAGUUUUUCACCGAGGGCUAAUUCUCAAAGUCACACCACGUUAAAGACGCUUGCGCUUAGUUUUGUGGCAAAAUGCACACGCGGAGUUUUGCACUGACGUGACCAAGCCGCCCGCAGCCGUCGAGCCGACUUUCUGGUGUCAAAAAAAAAAAAAACGUUUUACAGUUUGUGUAAACACACCAGCCACUUUAGCAGGUUCCAAAACGUUCCUGCCGUUCGAACGUUGGACUUUUUCUACUCAAAGCCCCGCCCCCUUCCCCUGUCAAGUAGUUUUCAUUCAGCUCCGCCAGACCAGCACUCGUGCUGUCGUGCUUCUGUCUCGAGAACGCUGCCUCGUCACUCUUUUGCCGUGUGUAGAUUUGUAAACGCAAAUGAUGCCAUCGCUCUUGGAUAGAUGUCGCUCUUGAACGCUUCUCGUCAGUCUUGUGUUAGCCUUAGAUUCCUCGUAGACGCAAACCCUCGCCGUAGAUUUCCCGCCUCGUCCUUUUUCGCCGUGUGUCACUUUUUUAUAGUGUUGUUCGGCUUAGCGCUCUUGCCUCAUUUGCUUUUCAAGUCUGUUUCAUGCGUGUGCCUCCGAAGCGGGUCAGCAGCCAACCGCCACAUCUCUAAAAUCAUCUGAACCGGGUGCCGAAAGUUGUCCCGAUCCAAUCGGGAAACAGGGGGGGGGGGGACCGAUCGUGUCAUUUACAACUGAUCAGUGUCGGCUGGAUUUUCUUGAAUUUUAAAGGUCACAAAGCGACAAAGAUCUUGCCAAAUGGAAAAGCAAUAGUUGGGUUUUAGAUUACACAGAGUAAUGUUUCCGGGUUUUUAGUACCGGAAAGAAAGGGAUUAGAAAAAUAAGGCAGGGACUGAGAUGUGGAAAGAUUUUUGUUUCGUAGCCAACUGUCAGGACAAUCCGAAAAAUUCUACUAAAAAAAUAUGGAAAGAGCGACCGACAGAUUAGCAAAUGUGACUCAUUGAAACCGUCUAACUUGCGUGAAUUAUUUUGUGACAAGCAAACUUGUGCUUCGGCCCGUCAUACGAAUAACUAAGACGCUCUUCUAAAUUCAAAUGUAAAUGUUUGGUGAAAUCAAACGUCAUUUAGGAUAGAAAUCCUGUACCGUCUACUACAUUAGUAUCGGAUCACACUCGGUAUCGACCGAUACUGGAAAUCAAGUGACUCGAAUGGGGGGGUAAAAAAAAUAAUGUGAUCGGGACAUCCCUACUCAGCACUUUUUUUCCCCCGCAUGUUGCUGUCAAGGGUGUAGUCACGCCGGCAGCUUGAGCACAUCUUGCUGUGUGUGUGUGUCUGUGUGUCUGUGUGUGUAGCUCUCCAAAACAAGCAACGUUGACAACCGUCGGCAUUUAAUUUCCUUUCAUCGACCGAAUUCCUUUCCCUGUAGCAUCCGAAAGGCACGUUUAGCUUUGGCGUUCCAGCUUGGACACCAGAAAUUCAGCAGCAGAAUGUUUUUUUUGUUUUUCUUGCCCCCCUCCCCUAAAAACCACAUAAAACCUCUCAGACCUGUUCCUUAUGGUAACUACUGUCACGUCUCUAGUUUUAUAUUUCAAAUUUCCCCUGCAUGGUGCCCAUUCCUGCGUGUUGUGACAAGCUCUCCUUUGCCCCCAAAGACUUUGAUUUUGCCGUUAAUGAUUGGUGAGUUCAUGCGGGUUCUGCUUUUCGGCUCGAUUUCAUGUUCAGUACCGACCGGUUGCUUCCUGGGAGCAGGGAAGGAAAACACGUAAGAGCCCUUGAAACUAAUGUUCAAAUCAGUGAGUGAGUGCAUGGUUGUAGCAUUGAAUUUUUUUUUCUUUUCUAAAAAGCAUGUGACGGUGGCCAUCGUUGACUUUUACCACAGUUCCCACAUGGAUUCUGACCCCCCCCCCCUUCCUUGUAAUUUUUUUUUUUCGUUGGGCUCACUCCUCUGUUGUAGUUGAGCCACAGCAGCAAAGUGUCCCCCAAAGAUGUUACGUUGUCAAUUUUGUUGUGAUUCUGCUGCCACCUAACGUUCACUUCAUGUAUUGCAGCUUUAUGGAAAAAAAAAAAUCUGGUAAAGUGGUGGCAUUUUUUGUAAUCAUCAUAACCUGCAUUAUGUUCAUUUAUGCUAUUUGGAAAUUGAGUUAAUAAUGAAAGAUAUCAGCACAGAUGUAAUAUUACUGCUCAUGUACCCCUUCCCGCUGUCAUACAGUGAUGCCAAACGCUUUUUGAGCUGGUGCCACUUUUGAAUCUCGUCUCUUUGUACAUGAUUUCUAUUUAUUUAAUGCAGAAUUAUACGGAUCGUAUCGAGCAUGGAAAGGUGUAAAACGACAAAAAUCACAGGCUUUUAUUUUACAGCAGUAUAUUUGUUUAUUCAGAGGAUUGGUUUUUCUGUCUUUUUGGAAGAAAUAAAGUCAUUUUCCAUUACUA